AUGUCAGCGUCAACGGAAGAUCAAUCAACCGCACUUAACACCGCUCCUCCUACAUACGACACCGUCACCUCGCCUCCGACCAAAUACCAAGUAACCAUACUUGACGAACAUAGUCGAUCUGGGGUUUUCUUAAAGAUGGGCUCUUAUACUGACAUUGAUACUGGUUUUGGUACUGGUCGGAUAGCCAGUGCAUUCCAUUUGCACCCUUACUCAGACCGAGAUGGGUCAGAUCCACGUAAACCCGAUCAAUACAUACAAUUGACCAAGGUAUCUGACGUCUGUCCAGUCGAAGUAAAAGUGGUUGAAACUCAAACACCCAACGGAGAUCAACCUACCGACAUUGAUAGGAGAAGUAGUAAGAUCAUGAGGGGUAGUAGAAAUCAGAUCGAUCUUGUUAUACCAUUCAAUUUCCACCCUGAAAGUUACAAUUCGAAUGCGGAUGGAGAAGGAGAUGGAGAUGGAUCGAGGGGGUCAUCGAUCUUUGAUAGUUUCGCGUUGACAGGAUUUACCAAUUCCAUCAAAGACGUUCAAGAGCUAAACGAAUGGAAAGAACGAGCUCAAUUUGACCUUAUCACAAAUCACGAUAUGACCAAUAGUGAAGUGAUCCCUAUGGUUUUGGGAGAUGUGUUGAAUAGCGUGCCAAUCACUGGGUUGAAUUUGGAUCUUUACAAGGGAGAGGACAAAAUUAAGAGUUUGGAAAAUUUGGAUGGGACGGUUAAUGGGAUGACAUUCUUCUGUGGGAUGAUCUCUGAAGGAUCUGUUGAUCAGAUGAUUAGCGAGACCGAAGGAGGUACUGCCAAGAUUACGACUGAGGCCACUCAAGAUGAUCAAGAUGGAAUUACAAAGGAUUUAGACAAAUUGUCUGUCUCACAGUGA